GUGUGGGAGGUGGAGUCCGUCACAUUGAGCGGGUUCACUCGCUGCCUCCUUGGCGGCCGGUGCCGGUGGCUAUGGCGGACCGGGACCCUCUCUCCUAUUUCGCCGCUUACGGGAGUUCGGGGUCGGAGAGCGAGUCGGAGCCGGAGCUUGAGUCGGGUCCGAGGACGGGGGCAGGGCCAGCGGGUGUGGGUGUCCCGGAGCCGGGCGGUGGCGGUGACUGUGAUCAGGCCCAGGCCCAGGCCCAGGCCCAGGCCCAGGCCCAGGCCCAGGCCCCGGGCUCGCAGGCCGCCCUGCCCCGGCCGGACGAGCUGUUCAGCAGCGUCUCCAGACCCAGUUUCCUGGGCAGACCGACGAGCGGCCUCAUCAACUGGGAAAAGCGGGUAGUGAGGGCCCCGGAGGAGCCGCCAAAAGAGUUCAAGGUCUGGAAAACAAAUGCUGUGCCUCCACCAGACACAUAUGCAGUGGAAGAGAAAAAACCACCAUCGGGUGUGGACAUGGCAGUUAAGUGGUCAUGCAUGUAUCAGGACAAUGGUGAGGAUGCUCCACAACGCAGAGCCACCUUGCUUCCAGAAGAGCCCGAAAUCUCCGACUCAGAUGAAGAAGAUGGGAAUGACUUGUCUGCAAAGAAACGCAAGAUUGAAACGUUUCAGCAGAAGGAAAAACGUAAGCGAAAUCAGGGACAAGCGAACAGGGAGAAAAGUUUUGUUGAAGAGGAAAAGCGCAUUCUCAGGCAGGAGUUUUCCUUAAAAGAUUGAAGGCAAGGUUAACUGGACAAGUCCCUUCCCUUCUCCAUGGAGUUUACCUUAUUCAGCCUGAAGACAAGCACUCUGGAUUAAAAAUGCAGGAGCAAAACUGAUCACGAUUGCUGUGUGGAUUGUGCAGUGGGAAAUUCUUCAAACUAAAACUUAAUAUAUUGUUCACUCGUCCUUUUCAAAUAAACAGGAGUCGAACUUUUGCAGAGUGCCAACAGAAAGCAGCAGGACAAUGGUUUAGAAGUGCUGACCUUUCAGUGUGGACUUGACACAACUUUUUUUAAACUGAGAAAGAACCUUAGGUUGGCACUUGGACGUGAUGCAGCUGGUGUUGAUUUACGUAGAAACUUUGCCAGUGUUCCAGUUUGGCUUGUGUAGCAGUCAAACUGGUGUCUGUACAGAUGACUCAAGUACUGUGAAGCAGGUUUAGUUUGUUCCCAAUUAGAGAUAUUUGUUACAACGCCCCUAACGACAGAACACAAUGUAAAAUAUCUUAGCACAGCCUACACAGACUUGUCCUCUACUUGUUCUAGUAUCGUCUUGAUGUUCUAGUAUUCAGUCACAUUUGGCAUUGAAAGUCACAGGUUUGUGGUUACAGGUGAACCCUGUCCUGAAUGGGAUGAUGUGGCCAAGGGUGUAUGUGAUGUAUACAGUGAAGACAGACUCGAACUGGAUUUCAUUAAUGUAAAAUAGUCACUAAUAAACCCAAUGGGGAAUUCAGGAGAA